AUGGUAAGCUGCAGGUUCGGCAGCCUCACUCUGGCCUCUGCCGGUGACUGGCUGGCAGGGGGGAAAUCGGCAGCAGAGACUACACGGUCAGCGCUACUCGCGCAGCGGCCUGCCUGCCUGUCUUGGGCGGCGCCUCGAUUGAACGAAAUCGACUCGCUCGCUUAUGGCGACGCUCGGCCGAUUGCUCAGCUCAUUUUAUUGGCAAUGGGCGCUGCAAUUGGUGAGGGCAUCGGCUGGGUCGCUCAGAGGCUGGACGACGGUCGCACAGGAGGGCAGGGCCGAGGCCCGUCGUCGGCACUUGCGCGACGGAAGCCAAAGUGCGGGCCGGUCCUUGGGGAUGUGAGACGUUGCGCAGGCAUGGCGCUGACGUUGACGUCGCCGGGCCUCCAGCGCGAGCCACGUCAGUGGAGCUAG